AUGUGUGAUUCCGGGGUGAAAUUUGUAAAUGAUUAUACAAUGAUCUAUUCUGGUGUUCAAAGUGAUAAUAAAACCAGAAGAGCUCACGGCGUGGCGAUCUGUCUUGAUCCUAUUGCCACAAAGGUAUGGAAAGAUUCAGGGUCUGAAUGGGAAGCAGUUAGUGAGCGAAUUAUCAAAAUUAGAUUGAAGUGCACACCAAUUGACAUUACAGUAUUAUCCGUUUAUUCUCCAGUUAAUCCAUCAACGAAACAAAUGACAAAUGACGCUGAUAAAUUUCAUUCUGAUCUACAAGAUACCAUAAGCAACGCGUCUACAAAUGAUAUGCUUAUCAUCAUGGGUGAUUUAAAUGCCAGAGUGGGUGGAAAUCAACAACAACUAUCAUCAACAAACAGUGUUGGACCAUUCGCAGUCGAUGUAGAAAACAAGAAUGGAGCGAGACUCGCUGAUUUGUGUGAGAUCAACAAUAUCAUCGUAUUAAAUACAUUCUUCCAACAUAAAUUACUUCAUCAAACCUCUUGGAUGCAUCCAGGCAACAAAAUAUGA